AUGAACGACAGUGACAGUUUCACUCCCAACGAAGCUAGUCUAGCGCCCUAUCCACAUAGCCUACAUGACAGGGGGAAUGCUGAAAAAAAGAAGAGGGACUUCACAAUAACAGAAAAGCAGAACGAGGAACCAGAACAGCAAGGAAGUCCUCAAAAGACGGAUAGGAAACCCAAACUACGGAACGAAUUUAGAAAAUUUUUCGACUCUUUCAAAAGACAGCUGCCAUCUGACCAGAACUCUGAACUAGAGUCACAAGAAAAAAAUAACUUGAGGAAGUCCAUCAAAUCACGCCAUUUGGUCAUGAUUAGUCUUGGUACCGGUAUCGGUACAGGGUUGCUGGUCGGUAACGGUCAGGUGCUCGGAACUGCAGGUCCCGCCGGGUUGGUCCUUGGUUAUGGUAUAGCCUCUAUAAUGCUUUACUGUAUCAUCCAAGCCGCCGGUGAAUUGGGUCUUUGUUAUGCAGGACUAACGGGUAAUUACACUAGAUAUUCUUCCAUUUUGGUCGACCCUUCGCUGGGGUUUGCCGUCUCCGUGGUCUACACCAUCCAGUGGUUGACUGUUCUGCCCUUACAGUUAGUCACAGCUGCAAUGACAGUCAAAUACUGGACCAAUGUGAACGCAGACAUCUUUGUCGCCGUCGUUUUCAUUUUCGUCAUCAUCAUCAACCUGUUUGGAUCUAGAGGCUAUGCUGAAGCCGAAUUCAUUUUCAACAUCUGCAAGAUAUUGAUGGUAGCCGGAUUCGUCAUUCUAGCCAUUGUCAUCAACUGUGGUGGUGCAGGUGACAGAAGAUACAUCGGUACUGAAUACUGGCACAAUCCUGGACCAUUUGCUCAUGGAUUCAAAGGUGUCUGUACUGUGUUCUGUUACGCCGCGUUUAGCUACGGUGGUAUCGAAGUCCUGCUUCUAUCUGCUGCUGAGCAGGAAAAUCCAACAGAAUCUAUUCCAAAUGCCUGUAAGAAAGUGGUUUAUCGUAUUUUGUUGAUUUACAUGUUGACGACUAUUUUAAUUGGCUUUCUUGUUCCAUACAAUAGUGACGAACUAUUAGGCUCCGGUAGCUCUUCCGGAUCCCAUGCAUCCCCAUUCGUUAUUGCUGUUUCAUCCCAUGGUGUCAAGGUCGUGCCUCACUUCAUCAAUGCAGUCAUUUUGAUAUCUGUGAUUUCUGUUGCCAACUCUUCAUUAUAUUCUGGGCCAAGACUACUACUGUCAUUAGCAGAGCAAGGUGUUUUACCUAAAUGUCUAGCUUAUGUUGAUAGAAACGGCAGACCCCUGCUUUGUUUCCUCGUUUCACUUGCCUUCGGGUGCAUUGGAUUUGUGGCCACAAGUAAUGCCGAAGAACAGGUCUUCACGUGGUUAUUGGCCAUUUCUAGCCUUUCCCAACUGUUUAUCUGGAUGUCGAUGUGCUUGUCACACAUUAGAUUCAGAGACGCCAUGGCAAAACAAGGUCGUUCAAUGGAUGAAGUUGGAUACAAGGCGCAAACUGGCUAUUGGGGGUCUUGGAUUGCGGUAUUGAUUGCGGUGUUCUUCCUAGUUUGCCAAUUUUGGGUGGCCAUAGCUCCUGUUAGCGAACAUGGGAAAUUGGAUGUCAAAGUGUUUUUUCAAAACUAUUUGGCGAUGCCCAUUGUUUUGCUUGCUUAUUUUGGUCACAAAAUGUACUUUAAAUCGUGGAGAUUUUGGAUUCCAGCAGAGAAAAUCGAUCUGGACUCACACAGAAACGUAUACCUUCCUCCAACGUCCACAGGGGCCGACAAAAUUGAUGACGAUGAUGACGUUACCGAAUAUGAAACUUCAGAAUCAUCGGAAAAUCUACACAGUUCACGUCUAAACAAGUCUUUCAAGAAAAUGGUCAAUUUUUGGUGUUAG